UUUUCUUGCCUGAAAUUUUUAGUUUUUGUAUUUGCUUAAACGCCUGGCUCACGCAUUCUGAGUAACCUUACACCCGCAGCAAGGUAGCCAGGCCAAAACACUUAACUUUCAAUGUAUUACCUUACAACAUUCCUCAAUUUAACCCAAACCAGAAAUUGGAAAACAAAGAAGAAGAUGACGUAUUGCCAAUGUUGCAGACGGGCAUACCGGUCAGGCGAAGGGGGCGCCUGCAAAGACUGCUACAAGAGGUCGGAAGAAACAGUUGAGGAGCUGCAACUAGAGAACGAAGAGCUUAAAGCCAAAAUUGCCUUCUUACGGAUUUCUUCUCCACUUGAUCACCGCGAUCAUGCAUCUUACAACGACGUCGUUUUGCUCGCUGCCUCCGACGACAGAACUUCUGAAUCCGCCGUUCCUGUCCCGGCUCAUAAGGUCAUUUUGGUGAAUCGUUCGCCAGUGUUGAAAGGCACGCUAGAGAAUGAGAUGGAAGAAAAGCAGACUGCAACCAUAGAGAUCACUGAUGCAUCACAUGAUGUUCUCUGUGAAUUUAUCAACUAUCUGUACACUGCUGAAAUAAGUCUUGAUGAGAAACUGGCCUGUGAACUUCUAGAAUUAGCAGAAAAUUAUGAUGUUGAGCAUCUUAAAGCCUACUGUGAGAAGUUCCUGGUGUCCAAAUUGAACUGGGAAAAUUCAAUCACGAGAUACGUAUUUGCACACCGACACAAUGCAGAACGUCUCCUUCGUGCAGCUUUAUCAUUGAUCACAAACAAUAUGAGCAACUUCAUUAAAAGGUCUGAGUAUAUGGAGCUUGUUGAAAAGGAGCCUCGCCUGCUUGUGGAAAUCUACGAAACUUACCUCUCCAAACAGAUCAACGCCGUUCCCCAGAAAUUUCCACAGCCUGCCUGGGAGUAUGACUCUGAUAAGUGUUGAUCUGAAGAAAGAGAUAUUCUUUUUCUCAGAUGGGGAUUGAGUUGUUUGUCAGUUAACAUUACAUUCAAUGGGAAACUUUAUUAAAGAACAAAGUGUCAAAAACUUCAGGGCCUGAAAGUGUUAAUAUUUGCAUCACUUUUAUAUAAAGAACUCUUUAGUUUUCCA